UUUGUCCGAAUGUCAACAAUCAAAGAUGUAAAAAGACAUAAUAUGCAAUCUUCUGUUACAUGACAGAAGAUGGAUAGUGCUUACGGAAUUUCAGAGAUUUUGAAUAUACCAGGGAAUCAUAUUAAAUGGUUGUCAAAGACUAGAACUGUUUGUUUGGUACCAGAUUCAUGGUUACAAAGUGCUGUUGAGAGAACCUUGUCUGCAUAUAGAUGGAACAAUCAGCUAUGUUUAUCAGACUGUGACCAAUAUCUUGCCUUGUCCAAGACAACGAUUCCACAUCCAUGGAAAAGAAUAUCUGUGAAAAUUUGUCAAAAGUCAGAUGAUUUAAUAUCAGGAUUGCCAGAUGGACCCCUAGUGCAUAGCCCUGAAACCAGCAGUUCUUUACAUGGUCACCUUAGUGAAAUCAGCAGGGAUAAUUACCUCAAUCUUUGGGCCAAGAAAUAUUAUGAUGUGCAACCCAAACAAACAACAUCUCAUAAACACUUACAAAAGGAAUGUGAUGUCCUGCAACAGUAUUUGGAAAGACUGUAUCCAGAGCAGAUGGUAGACUUGAAAACCAGCAAGCAAAGUUCAGUUACACAUAUAUUACCUAGUCCUUGUUCAUUACAGAAUAUUCUACAUGUAAUCAAGAUAUAUGAGACAGAUUAUGCAUUUUAUGUGAUACAGCCAUUUGUGCUCCAUAAUAUUCAGAAUGUUAUAGCCUUCAGUCCAGCUGUUCUUAAAUCUUCUAUGACCAAACCACUUUUUAUCCUUUAUCAGUUACUACAUUUGCUUAAUCAGUUGCACAAAAUGGGAUUAAUUCUUGGUAAUGUUAGCUUACAUGAUGUACUUUGUGAUGAAAAACUUUGGAUUUAUACUUCAAGUUUGCAAUUUGAAAAUAUUUUGGGGAUUUUACAAUCAAAACAAAAUCAGCCUGAAAUAGUUAGCAAGGAGAAUUUGCCUUCAAGAAAAACCUGUAAUGAUGCAUCUAAUAGCAAUAGGAUUCAUUCUGAUCUAGAUCAUUCAGAUGUUUCAAUAGUUAGAGAGCAUCCAAUUUGUUCCAGGCUAUUUAGUGAAUCAGACAGUUUAGUAGAAGACGCUAGAACGUUUUUGCAGUCUGAUUAUACAAGAAAAUACUCAGUACAUAACUUGCCAACUUUAGUAGAAGAUUGGGUACAUAAAAGAAUUACAAACUUUAAGUAUUUGAUGGUUUUGAAUCAUUUAGCAGGCAGACGAAUGUCUGAUCCAAAUAAUCAUCCAAUACUUCCAUGGGUAAUGGAAUUUUCAUCAACCGAAGAAGAGUUUGAUAUGAGGGAUUUAACAAAGAGCAAAUACAGACUAACUAAAGGUGACAACCAACUGAAUUUAACAUUUGAAUCACACACAUUUUUCAAAGAUAAUAUUCACAUUCCCCAUCACGUAUCAGACAUUUUGUCAGACAUUACAUACUAUGUUUACAAAGCUAGAAGGACUCCAAAAUCCAUUUUGUGUUCCCAUGUCCGACCCAAAUGGGUUCCUAAUGAGUAUCCUUUAAGUAUGAUGCGGAUGUACAAUUGGACUCCAGAUGAAUGCAUUCCAGAAUUUUACACAGAUCCAUUAAUAUUUUCAUCGAUUCAUGAAGAUUUGCCAGAUUUAGAAUUGCCGGUUUGGUGUACAACCCCAGAAGAAUUUAUUGUCAAGCAUAUGGAAGUUUUGGAGAGUGAUAAAGUUUCAGAGAACUUAAAUCAAUGGAUAGACCUUACCUUUGGAUUCAAGUUAUCAGGUAUUGUGGCUGUGAAGGAGAAGAAUAUCAACCUUCAGCUCGUAGAUGACCAUAAAAACAUUACAAAUCAUGGGGUAGUACAGCUUUUUACAGAACCACACCCUUACAGAAUACCCAAACAACUAGCUAAUAAACCUGAACCUCCUAAGAUUGCUAAAAAUGUUCUGUGGUCACAGAUGCAUGGUUUAGAAGAAGCCGCCCUCCCUGGUGACAGAAGACAAGGAUCAUUUUCACAAACAGCUCAGAGACCAGAAACAGCAACUGUUAUAUUACCCAGAUAUUAUGAUCCAUUGGCUAGUCUGAAUCAGCUAGAAGUCCUUUACAACUUAACAAGUCACAACAUGGGUCAGAUACCAUCAAAACUACAACAGGAGGAUAAAAACAAUAUACCAGAUAAUGCAGUUCAUGUGAUGAGAGAUAUGCAUGUCUUUGGAUGUUUGAUGUGUGAACUAUUUCUCCAACCAGUUCUGUACAUGGAGGAAUCAAAUGCACCUUUACACAAAAGAUGGAAGCUGAUAUGUAAAUACUGUACAGAAAAUACUGCUUUAGUUCCAAGGUCAAUUCAGAGAGCAGUUGAAAUUUUGUUAAACAUGGAAAACUACAGAUCAAAACCAGAUACCACAGAUUUUACUUAUCCAGUAAUAACUGGGGCAGGAAUGCCCCCACCGACUCCCUCGCAGUUGUUAUGUCCUAGUGUUAGUAUACUGCCAUUUCCUGAUUACUUCCCUUUAAUUUAUGAAACCAUCUGCAAACUUAAAGAUAUAGAUAGAAAACUUGAAAAAAUUGGAAUGGAAAGUCAGGCAAAUUUAAUCGAAAAGCAGAAACUGCUGAAAGUGACUGCAAGAGAAAAGGUCACUGUUAUGCAAAAAUACUUGGAGAAAAUCGGAGGAACACUUAAUGAAGAAGGCAUUGAACUUUUACUUCCACACAUAGAAGAACUUUUUGCUAAUGAGGACACCAGUGUUCAGGCUGCUUGGUCACUCUUUAAUCUGCUUGGACUUGAAAUUGAUUCAAAUCAAAUGAAAAGGCAGUUUUUGCCUUACUUGGUUAAAUUAUACCAUGUAGAUAAUCCCACACCAAAAUACAUGAAAAUAUACCACAAAAGUUUCAUUGUACAAUUGAUUUUAAGAUUAGGAUUGGACUCAUUCCUUAGUAAUUUCUCUACAACAUUAGUAGAGGCAGUAGCAGGGUACAAGGAUUAUGUUUUUGAAGAUUUAUACACAGAGCAAUCAGAUAUGGAAUCUUUUCUUGAAAAAAGUCCAUUGCACUUACCUGUCCUCAAAGAAGAAAAUGGGAAAUUGGGGACCAGUCCAGGACAAUCAGGAACCAGUCUGUCUGAAAAUUGCAAUUCAAAUAUGCGAACUCCGGAUGAUGUAGAUGAUAUUGAAGAUGAAAUAGGUGAUGAUGGGUCUAGAGAUUUAGAUAACCAAUCAAAUUCUGGUGACAGUUUGAAUGAUGCAGAAAGAGUUUCUUUACAGAGUUUUGAUGAGGCAAUGGACAAAAGAAAGGAUUAUGAGGACAAGGAAUCAGUAAACAGCUUGUCAGCAACUAAUGAUUAUGAAGAAGAGGAAGAGGAAAAUAUUCUUCAAUUUCAGGUUUCAGAGGAAGUUGAAGAAGAAGUUUCAUCUGGUCCUGAUCAAGAAGAUAAAGGCAGAGCUUGUCCUAAUGAUCCAUACCCCAAAAAGAAGCCCAUUUCAUCAAAUAUGAAUAAUAAUGGACCAGGAAUACAUAUGACUAGAAGUGAAACUGAUGAAUUUGCAAAAACAAUGUCAGAUAGGACUGCUUCAGAAGUUGUCAAUAUUAGAGAUGUUUCCAUGGAAACUAUUAAAUGGCUUUCCCAUAGAAUUGGCCCUUUUUUAACUGCAAAGUAUUUAUCCAGAAAUCUACUAAGAAUGAUGGUGUUAUGUUACCUUGGAGAAGAGCAAUUAAUGUCUAUUGAAGAUAAAGAGGAUAAAUUAAAGACUUCCAGAUAUAUACUUGGAGACAGACAUGCAGAGAAAGUGAUUGGCUCUUUGAUGUUUAUUGCCAAGUUGUAUGGUGAACAAGUAAUACUUCUACAAUAUAUCCCAUCGAUUGUUGAUAUAGUUUAUGUUGCCAAGAAAAGAUUAACAAAUAAAGCAGAAGCUGGAUUGGUUAGCUCCCUUGUCUUACUACGACAUAGUAUACCACUAUUAUCAGACACUACAUUAAUGGAUAUUUUAAAGGAAACCAUUGUCAAGGAGAUUCUACAACAAGUGAUAAGAGUGGUGUCCUCACCAUCUCACAAUUUCCCAAGUGGUAGUACCAUGAGGACUGUUAUUUGCCAUAAGUUCAUCGAUGUUGUCUACAUCCUAGGAAUCAGAAUCGGCUUUGAGAUGACAAGACAACAUAUGACUAAAUUGUUACAGAACUUCUUUGUUUGUUUUAAUCCAGUCAAUGACACACAACAGGGAGAUGCAUGUAAUUCUCCACAGACUUUGAAACAUGUGAAAUCAAAUGCAUCCAUGGAUGACUAUUUUUGUAACAUAAAAAUAGAUGAUUCCACACAAGAGUAUACUAUAGGUACCCCUGUCAGUAUGAUGAGCUUUACUACAUCCCUGUCUCCUCAAAUCAGUCCUCUUAAAAGAAGGCAGCCACAUAGUCUCUCUGCCAGCUCAGAUGACAAAGAUGAAUCAUCAGAAACAACACAUGGAAAAGAUGUCAAAAAAGAAAUGGAAGGUGUCUUUAAUCCUGAAUUAGCAAUGGCAUCAUACAUACCAUUUUGUAGAAUAUUUGGAAGUAUACAUAUGGAGAAGUGUUUACCAAAUGACGACUUGAUUAGACAGUUAUGUUCUCAGUAUGAUAGUACAUUGGGUGAUACUAAUGGUGUAGAAGAAAGUGAAAACAGUACUCAAGCAGAUGAGACCAAUGUAGAAUUGUUAGGAAAUAAAAUUAAGUUACAACAGGAAAAAAAUCAAGCAGCUUUGAACUUUGAGUUGAUGUCUAUAGGACCAAUACACAGGAAUUCCAAAAUAUUGUCACUGGAUCCCGAGCUUACAAAAAGUUCAGACAUGGAGAAGUACAGGAGAAGACAUUUAAGAGGAAACUGGCUUGCCUACUGGGAACAUGAAUUAGGUUUAAGUGAAAGAGAGACCCUUUUCAACUUUAAACAGAUAAAACUUCAAACAUUUGAAGGUCACAAUGGCAGCAUAAAAACUUUGACAACCCUUGACAAUGAAAAUUCGUUUAUUAGUUCCAGUAAAGACAGAACUGUUAAAUUGUGGUCAGUCAAAAGCUGUGGUGAUGGAUCAGCAAAGAUCAGAUGCCACUGGACUUACAGAGAGCACAAGAAGUCUAUAUAUUCUAUUGUUUUUCUUGAAUCAGUCAGACUGGUGGCAUCUUGUGAUAGUUCAGUACAUAUUUGGGACCCAUUCACACAGGAUAUAGUAAGAAAUCUAGAUUCUAACAGAUAUAGUCCUGUUACUGCUAUGGCUUCUCUCCCAGCUCCUUCAACUAUGGUGUUAACUGCUAAUACUGAUUCUCAACUCAGGUUUUUAGAUCUCAGGACAGUUGGAUAUGCACAUGAAUACAGAUGUUCUACUGCAUCAGCAGGCUUAAUUCGAUGUAUAGCUGUUAGUCCAGACAGUCAAUGGGUAGCAAUAGGAUUUUCUUCAGGGAUCAUGUCAUUGUUAAAUCUAACGACUGGUAUUAUGUUAGGAACUUGGAAGGCUCAUGAAGGGGAGAUUAUUCAGAUGAAAGCCUACAGUAAUAAUAAGUUUAUAUCAUGUUCCUAUGACCAGACAGUCAAAGUUUGGAAUGCUGAUGACAUCAAAGAUGUUUUAAUACUCAAAGGUCACACAGAACCUGUGCAUUGUAUUUCUCUGUACAAAAAUCAGGUUUUGACUGCCACUACUGGUAACAAGAUAGGGGUACAUUCCACUGCUGAUGAACAGGCUAUGUUUACAUCAGAGAAGAUGAGAUCAGAUACAUUUAAAGGUGUAUUAACCAGUAUGGCUCUACUACCGUUGAACAGAAUGUUAUUACUAGGAGCUGACAAUGGAUCAAUAAGAUUAUUUUGCUAGAAUUUAACUAUCAAGACAUGACGACUAUUCAGUAAUUCAUUAUUCAGCCAGAUAAGAAUGUAUUUUGAACCAUGACAACUUUAUGAUUUUGUCUAUCUGGACAUCUCAUGUACCUGUCAGAAGUUAAUUGUUAUGUCAGAUACUGAUGCAACUUAAUUAAUCAGAUAAAUCUUGCUUGUUAUAUAUCUAAGGACACAUUUACUUUUAUUUGCCACAAAUGUCAAAUGCUCAAAAGUAUUAUUUGCAAAAUUUAAAGUGACAUACUUGAUUUGUUUUUGUUAUGCUAUUAUUUAUUAUUUUUAUCUAUUUAUACCUAAUUUGAAUAUCAUUUUCAUCAAGCCAGUGCAAUAUAAGAAAAUUUUGUUUUGAGGAUUGUUCAAAUGUCCAAGUUAUUUUUGUUGUUUUGACCACCAUGCCAAUAGAUUAGUCAAAUUAUAAAGUUUUGAUUUCAGUACAAUAUUGUUUUAGCAGUAUUUACUCCAUUUCUCUGAAUUUCGGUGCAGAAAAAUAUAAGUUAAUUUAUUGCUUUCUGUUAAUUUUACCCAAUCCGAAUCACAAAGGCAAAAUCUUAUAAGAACUGCUUACACAAAUGUUUAUACUAUAGAUCAUUGUAAAUAGAUUACUAUUACUUAAUUACAGUUGACUAUGCAUAGAUAUUGAGGAUUUGUAGAGAAAAUUAUAAUAUUUGUAUGUAUCGAACAUUUCAACUUUAAAUCAAUUUCCAAUGCUAAACUCAAUUUCUCUGCACAAAAUGUUUAUUCAUUUUUCAAAGCCAAAUAUUUUGCCUCACUAGUUUACUGUUUUAGGCAUGCUCAGUUGGUUUUGUACCAAAUAUCAAACAUGGAGAAAUGAUUUUUCUUUUCAAUAUACAAACAAUCAGGUACUUACAUUGUAAGCACUCUCAACCCUUAAUUUCUUGCUGAAUUUAAAAAAAACUUAUUUCAGAGGUUUAUAUCAGCAAGGUCUUGGAUGACUAUGAUAAUCAACUCUUUCAACUAUUUUUACAGUAGUUAUGCCCUUUAAAAUAGAAAUUAUAUGGAAAAUUGCAUUGUAAGCCAUUUUGUGCCACAUUUGGUGUAGGAUAUUAAUGAAAAAGAUUAAAAGAACAAAAAAGAUAUUUAUUGGAGUUAUUGCCCUUGGACAGAUCAAAUAUAUGCAUCUGUAGGGGGACAUUCAAAUGCUGUUCUUUUAUUAUUUUAAAGUUGUUUUAAAUAUCAUUCAGCAUAUAUUUAUAUCUUUAUUGUUAAAAAUAAGUCAUGACAGUUUGCUUAUAGAUUUACUUUAUGAAAGAUGUGUAUUUCUUCCAUAUUUAUUUUAUACAAUUUUCUACAAAUUUCAUUCCACUCUAUUUCAUGACUCAACUCUUCACUUUUGAAUGUCAAUACUACCUUCACGUAGUCACUAUUCUUUAAGUUAAAUAUUGCUGAAUCAGCAAUAAUUUGUUCUGUUUUUGUACUUUUGUUUACUAAAUGUUAUUGAUUUAUAAUGAUGAAUUUUUAUAAAUAAACAUCUAAUGUUCA